CAGCGGCGAUGGCGGCGGCAGCGGCGACGGACGGACAGGCAGCGGGCGCCAUGGCUUCAACGGGCGCCAACUCUGGCUGUCCCGCCACGGCGGCGCUGGACAAAAUCCCCUCAGACAACGCGGCCGAGCCGGACGCCUACACGGUGCCGGGGAUUCUCCACUAUAUCCAGCACGAGUGGGCGCGAUUCGAGAUGGAGAAAGCGCGAUGGGAAGCGGAAAAAGCCGAGCUGCAAGCACGAGUAGCCUUUCUCCAAGGAGAGAGAAAAGGUCAGGAGAAUCUCAAGAAGGAUCUAGUCCGGAGAAUUAAGAUGCUGGAAUAUGCCUUAAAACAAGAAAGGACAAAGUACCAUAAGCUGAAGUAUGGAACUGAACCAGUUCAAGGUGACACAAAGCCAGAAACGUCUGAAUCGGUUAUCAAUAAUGGCCCUGAUGUAUCAACAUUAGAACAGAACUGUCCAUCAUCGUGGAAAGAAGGACGCCAGCUAUUAAGACAAUAUUUACAGGAGGUCGGUUAUACAGACACUAUCUUGGACGUGCGAACAAAGAGGGUUCGGUCCAUGUUGGGCCAUUCCAGUCCUGAACACAACGUAGCAGCAGAGUCCAACAGCAUGGGACAGAUUCUCAAUGGUGGUGACUCUCCAUUAGUUAAACAGAUAGAAGAACAGAUUAAGCGAAAUGCAGGCAAUGAGUCUCGGGAUGGGUUAAGAAAGUCGAUGCUGGAGAAGAUGCCUUUCUUGCGGAAUGUGGAUGAUGAUAGUGAUGAGGAUGAUGAUGAAUUGGACGGCAUUCCAUCAGAGCUCUCUGUCACGCAGAGACUAAGUAAGAAACAAAGGAUAGGCUCUGAAAUGACCGCUGUUGAUUCGGGCAUGGACUGCGAGACGGUGGAUGCUCUGAGUGAAUUUCACUUCUUGGACACUGAAGAGGAUGAAGAAAGGACUGAAGAUUCGAGGCACUCAGGGGAUGGGAAAGAACUAGGAAACCACCGGUCCAAACUUCAGGAAGCGCUGACUGAUUUCACAGACAUUGACGGCUUGCCUUCCAUUCCAUCUGGGGUGAUGGGCCAUCCCAAGCCAAAUGAAGCUGCUCCUAUUGCAUUCCCCCCACAUGCAAGCAAACAAUUUACACUUGGAGCGGAUACUGUUGGAGACAGUGAGAUGAGCUUGGGUGAGCUGGCAGGCCUGACUGUCACUAAUGACAAUGAUAUGUCUGACAGUAAGGAUGCCUUCAGGAAGACCUGGAAUCCUAAAUAUACGCUGCGGAGUCAUUUUGAUGGGAUCCGAGCACUGGCGUUUCACCCGGAAGAGCCAGUGCUUGUCACUGCAUCAGAGGAUCGCACACUCAAGCUGUGGAACCUGCAGAAAACAGUCCCUGCCAAAAAGAGUACUGCAUUGGAUGUGGAGCCAAUUUACACGUUCAGGGGCCACGUAGACCCAGUGUUAGCGAUAGCUGUUAGUUCUAAAGGAGACCAAUGCUUCAGUGGAGGGCUUGAUGGCACAAUCUGCUGCUGGAACAUUCCAAGUUUGAACACUGACCCGUAUGAUACUUACGAUGACAGCAGUUUAUCCAGAACACUAAAUGGUCAUACAGAUGCGAUUUGGGGGCUUGCGUUUACUAUCCUGAAGAAUCGCCUGAUUUCAUGUUCAGCAGAUGGAACUGUCAGACUGUGGGAUGCAGCUGUGAAUCCAGCUUGUGUUGGUACAUACAAUAGAGAAAAGGAAAAUGGGAUUCCUACGUCGGUUGCCUUCCUGAAUGACCCUGCACAUGCUGUGACCUCCUUCACCAGCGGGGAUGUGGUCAUCUACGAUUUGGAGACAACGCAGCCAGUGAUCCACCUGGACUCCACAACAUCUGACAGUGCUGCUAAUCAGAUUAACCGGAUUGUUUCCCAUCCCAAACUGCCAGUCACCAUCACUGCACACGAUGACAGAUGUAUUCGCUUUUUUGAUAACAAAACAGGGAAAAUGAUCCAUUCAAUGGUGGCUCACUUGGAUGCCGUCACUUCUCUUGCAGUAGAUCCCAAUGGAGUUUUCCUGAUGUCUGGAAGCCAUGACUGCUCGAUACGUCUCUGGAACCUAGACAAUAAGACCUGCGUUCAGGAAAUUACGGCACACCGGAAGAAGUAUGAUGAAGCAAUCCACGAUGUCACCUUCCACCCAAGCAAAGCGUACAUUGCUAGCGCUGGAGCAGACGCCCUCGCUAAAGUGUUUGUAUGACAGACCUUAGCCUCCCUGGUCUCAUUCCUCUGAGCAGACUGGUUUCUGCUCAUCUACAAGGGUUGAUCCCACGUUUCUCUUCGAAUGGUUGCCUUGAAUUGGUGAAUGAAGAUGAUUUGCCUCCAGCCUUUAAAUUCACAGUCCUGGGUUGUGCCCUAUCCACUCUUUUCUCAACUAAGCUCAGGGUUUGCGUUUAAACCUUUUCUGGGCUUAUGUUCACGGAACUUUCUAUAGAACAUGUAAAAGUUUAAAACUUUUAGAAAGAAAAAUGGUAAAUUUUGUAUGGGUAGCCACUAGUGGGCUGUGUGAAAUUAGUAGCAAGUAUAGCAGAGGUCUGGGUCAAACCAUAAAAAAAGGUGCAAGACGAGGUUUUGUGCUUUGCUAAAUUAUUUUUUUAAACAGUUGGACUACUUUUUUAAUACAGCCUGGUACCUCGAUAGUUAUUUUCCUUUCCCCAGACAGUUUUCCAUUAAGUACCAAUAUAUCAUUGACACAGAGAAUAUCUUUAUUUUUCUCUGCCCUCUUCACAAAUUCUGGGAAUUCUGUGAGGGCAUACCCAGGAGAGGACCAUUGUCCCCUGCCAUGGGCAUACAAGAAUACAAAGGUAGUAGUGUACAACCUGGGUGGUUUGUGACCACCCAUCCCCUCAUCUGAGGAUCACUUAGUCCGACGGUCUUGAAUGUACUCUGUUAACACAAUGGGGUAGAUUUUGCUAAAUAAUGUUCCUGUUUGUCUGUCUCUGAGCAUUUAAUUGUAAAGCAAGUAUUUCUGAUUUACCGUGUUCCAUACCAUUUCAGCUCGCUCUGUUAACGAAUCCUUUGAAGACUAAAAGCUCUGCACUUGUUUAGCGCUUCCCCAUUACUCAGGCCAUUAAUAUCUCGCCUUGUGGCUCUUUUUGGCAUUGUCCCCAUGCUUGAAUGUCUUGUUUAAUGCUGCCGAGAGCAAUUUAGCCAUGACUACUUCUGAUCUUAGCACAGUUCAGCAUCCUUUUGGUUUGUUGAUUACUUCUCUGCCUUGGUUAAGUGUGUUUAAGUUGGCAAACUCUGCAGAGAUCAGAGAUUAAGCCUGUGACCAAGUUGUUCUGCAUGUCCCAGCAAGGAGUAAUUUAACAUCUGAAGUCUUAAUGAUGGAUUCUAGUUCUCUUAAUAGGGAAAAUUCCUAUGAUGGCUAACAUCACUUAAGUUGUGGCAAUAAGGAAGUAUUGGUAACCAGCAUGGGAAUUUUGUUUGCACAGAUUUGUCGUUAAAUUACUAACUUAAGCACAAAGGUGUUUCUUUAUGGAGCAAAUAAUUUCCAGCUGUUGUACUAACAUGAAAAUAAUGAGAUAAACAGAUAGCUUUUAUCAUUUUUCAUGUCCCGCAAAUUAUACCAGGAGUUAGUUUAGUUUAGAGAUACAGCGCUUCGCCAUGUCCGCGCCGACCAGCGAUCCACGCACAUUAACACUAUCCUACACCCACCAGGGACAAUUUUUACAUUUACCAAGCCUAUUAACCUACAAACCUGUACGUCUUUGCAGGCAUCACUACCAAGGCUUGCUCAAGAGAUGUGGCCAUUUACCAAGAGUGGCGUAGACCUCAGCAUUCCAAUGAGCAAGAGAAAUGGCACACAGGAGCCUGGCAUUGGGGAUAACCCCUCAGAAAAAUAAUGUAAAAAAUGACACGACAGUGUAUGUGCACGAUUCUGGAUUUAAACAAAUGAAAUUUGCUGUGGAGCAUCUCCAAAGAUCUUGCAGGCACAGUGGGAACCCUCCGUGGAAUAAUGGUGUUAAUAUAACGUCUGCCGCAGUGUGGUGAGUGUUAUGCAGAAAAUUUGACCGACUCUCCACCCAAUGGGGCUUUCAUUUCAGUGAGAAAAUUGUUACACUGAAAUCCUUAUAUAAGCGAAGUGCAAGCAAGGAAAUGCCUGCCACAAUGUCUUUACAGGUCAUGGGCACCGCAUGCUGUGCUGCUUCUUCAGAUUUCAGCUUGCAAUGAUAUUGUCCGCAAAAUGUGACACAGCACUGCUUUAAAAAUAGAGCUUGAUUCUCCAAUUACCAGCACUUCAGCAAUCUGGAGCAAUUUCUGACCAUUCCCUUUAUAUUUUUGCAUAUCUCGAUCAUUAUUUUUUCGGCUUAGACUAGUCACGUUGCCACUGAUGUCUUUCACUCAGAAUGCAGGUUUAAGCCCAGCUGUUUGAAUCUAGCGUUCUUGAUAGAAACACACAAAAAAAAAAUUCUGGCCAGCUUGGGCCAAUUCAAUGUUAAGUCACUCAGAAGAGCUUCCAGAACACUUGUUCCAUCUUGCUUUCUCUCUUCAGGAACCCCAUAUGUCCAUUUCUUCAAGGGAUUCACUUUCACUCUCUGCCUUUCUAGCACCCCCAUGGCAAACAACGAAACAUUUCCUAUUUGUUCGUGACAUAAGAAAUGCCAACUUCACUUCCAUAAGGCAUGCUGUUGUGGAUAUAAUUAUGAAAAUGCAAAGGACUAAGUCCAGAGACUUAAACGCAAAUCUUACCACGACCGCUGAGGAUUCUGGAAUGUUAAAACAAUUCAUAAAAGUAAUUGUAACCAUAGAAGCUACUGGAUUAUAACAAUCUGAUUCUUCAAUCUUUAUUUCAGCACAUCUGAUUCACUAAAAUUCUUCAAGGAAAGAAAUUGUUUCCUGAUCUGGCCCUACCUCCCUAACUGCCGUUAACAUUGACAGCAAGCAAAUCACAUAUACCGAACUAAUCUCAAUUUAAUAAGAUAGUUGACCAUGAUACACUUGGUUACAACUGUCGAUACACAUUUGCCCUUCACCUCCCCAUAUUCUAAGAAUAUUUACACAUUCGGUGGGUGAGGAAGUGAGGUUGUUAAUAGCUCAAUAUCUCGUCAGCAUGACUGUGGGUCAUUGAACAGAAAUACCAGGACCGUGAUUCCUGAUCCAAGUCUGACAAACCAUUUUGUGCUGGGGUUGAGAGACUAGGUGCUUCUAAUUCCAAUGCUCUUCCGCAGUGAAAUAGCCUGCCAACACUCGCUUUGCAGGCUUACACGUGGGUGACGGCUGCUAGUGGAACUCUUACCUCAAUAUGAGCAUGCCUUCAGAAGAGGAGGGAAAAGGGAAAGAAAAUACUUUGAAUUGCACUGGGUAAAUAAUGGCAACAUUUUCUUCAUGCCUUAUUAAUAUCUUUAUACAUAACAAAUCACGUAGUUAAAUAACAAGUUCAAUGCUUCAGUCAACUGUUUCAAGAAGAAUAUAUUAAUUGAGCAUCAUGCAUUCAUAUAACACCAACCCAUAGCUAGUAAGUUUUUAAAAUCGGUGAUUCCUACAUGAGAUAUGAUAACCAAUGUUUAAUAGCGAGUACUAUUGUGAAUGUAAAUACACAGGGACAGUAACACCAAGAGGCAUCCUCUCGUGUUUUAAUUGCCAAUGGCUUUCUUGGGCUUAGACGGUAAUAGAUUAUGUGGUAUCCAAUUGGGAUUAUUAUUUUAUUUGUACGGUUAAUACCUUGUCUUCCUCUGAAUCUCUAUUUGUAGCGGAACCCUAUCGGCUGGGAAUGUUCUCGUUUUAAUCCCCAGUCAAUGCAGAUCGCUGCAGUUGUGGGUACAGCUGGUUUUAUUACCCAUCCACUUGCAGGGACCAGACGAGAAUGUGUGGACCUCAAAUGAAUGCCGGUCCAAGUGAGAUGUUUGUGUGUAUUGAAUGAAUAUAGAUCGUAGGGUGAGUAGGGAACAUUGGGUGAAGCUGUUCAAAGGGAGGGCAGGGUUAGUGGAAAAUGUUCUAAUCAAGAUGAUUGCAGUUCGAGUGGUUAGGGAUAGAGGUUUGUGAGGAUGUGAAGAAUGCAGUUUAGAAGGAGAGUGGGAGUUACUUGGUCAUGCAUGGGCUUUGAAUGCUAUGCUGGCUUGAUUGUGAGGUACCGCACAUCGAUGACUUGUGCAUCUUGUAAAUCAGCAACCAAGCUGCAUUAAAAUACUAUAACUGCAAUCCCGGCAUUAGCCUACAAAAGUAUUUAGUACAUUCUGGUUUAGUGGUGAAGUGAUAUCGUGAGGCAUGCAAAUGAAGAGGUUGGACACACAAAAACUGGAGUAACUCAGCGGGUCAGGCAGCAUCUCUGGAGAAAAGGAAUCGGGUCGAAACCCUUCUUCAGACUGAGAGUCGGGGGGAAACGGGAACGGAAGAUAUGGGCGACACAUUGAGCAAAUGAAAGAAAGAUGUGCAAAAAAGGGACGGUGGAGCCCACAGUGGUCCAUUCAAGAAGAGGUUCUUGUGCUCAGUCCUUUUAUCUCAGUUAUCCAUUUGGGCUUCUGCAAUGGAUCUCCACUUGGCAUUAGGAUUCCCUUUAGCUGAUUCCAGCUGAGGAAAGCACUCGUGAACUUAGGGGAAAACAUGAUCAGCCUUGCUAUGAUGUACACCAUUGGCUUUCCCUUCACAGUCAAAUGUCCAGGCCCUGCUUGUCGGAAAGAUACCGAGUAUCUACUUGUAGUCAUGGCAUAGUAAUCUUCAAGAACAAAGUAUUUGGGCAGCAGGAACGCAUUAAGAGUAUUUUAUUAUAUUGCAAGCUAAGCAAAAUGAGCAAGUGUAGCCAUCCAGUUAUUUAUAUAAAUGUGAACAAAACGCAUCAAGAUGAUAUUACCUUUUGUCUAUUUCCGGACUAACAUUUCCUUCAUGAGGCAUUUAACAAAUAUAAUCGAGCCAUGUAGCAACCUAGGAAGCAAAAAACUUACAUAACAGAUACAGUUCAAAGUUUAAAUAUAUUUCAGAUCAUUUAUGUUGUAAUGGGUGUGCUAAGAACCGUUCUAUUACAUUCAGUACUGAAUUCUGUACAACGGGAAUGUCUAUAAAGCUUUUGGGCUUCAGGGGAUGUUUUGGGUGAUUCCUUCACGCUGGAGAAUUCUUUGCUUUUACCUCAAUGAGUUGCUGCUACCUAUUUAGGAUUUGCCUGUCAGUUGGCAAGAACCAACUUCUCAAACCUCCAGUUCCACACGAUCCAAGCAAGGUAAACUGGCAAACAACACGUGCAAACAAGCCUAAAUUGCCUGGGCCUCGUGAACCUUGCUUUGGACAUUCCUACUGUACAGUCACACGCCUUCAGCUUAAAACCUGAACUUUUUACAACUCAAUAUUGCAACUAAAUUCCCCUCGACAAUAUACCUGAACAUUGGCCGCUGUCAGUUUUCCUUCCGUUUUUGUUUUGUUUUAACUGAUAGUCUGUGUAUUGAGAACUGAAUGUUGGAGCAUUGUUGAGUGUGGACUCUUCAUCCAAAUGUGCAUAUGGAAGGAGAUUUAUUUUUAACACUCACGAGUCUGGCAUUAUCUUCCAUGUGCGCAGGGUUAGGUUAAUAUUACAAGCAGCCAAGGUCACAACUCCAGAAUCUCUGGUCACAAGUGUGUUUUGUUUGCAAGCAGGAUAUUCUAGAUUGCCUUGGACUUUUGAAAAGAGAAUGAAAUGUUGAACACUUAACUCUAGGGGUUAAGGAUUCGAUUUAUAUUUUUAAUCCUGAUAAUUUAUUACCUGUAUUAUUACCAGAUUUCUCUUGACGAUGAGCUGGGUUUCAUACGUUUCGUAACAGCCAUCAAUGAAAUCUCAAAUAAUGGCUCAGAAAAGAAAAGGAACUAGUUGGUAAAUUUCUUGAUUUUUUUUUUUUUUUUUCCCCCACCAAAAAAAAUUCAGUCCGCAUUAGUAAAAACAGUAGUCGCCAACAAUCUAUCAAUGCAGUUUGGGUGCCAGGUUCUCAAAAAUCACACUCAUCAUUUUAUUAUAACUGAAAUCUGAGCCCUGGUCACGAUCCAGGGAGGUCAUUGUAAAUGUCCACCUUCUCGACUCCCCUUGUUUUUGAAUGGACCCAUUAAGUGACCGUUUUUGGGGGGGUUUUUGUCGAUGAUAUUGGUGCCAUCCUCCUUAAAGCAUCUGAGUAUUGUGCGAGGAACCUCAUUUUAUAAAGAUCCGAGGUGCAAACUUUUCAGGAUUGAACCCGUGUUGCUUGCCCCUUCUCAAAUCUUCCUUCGUACUGCCAGGCAGCCUGCGGUAAACAAGUAAUAACUGGCACAAACACCCUUUGUGGAUCAGUACUACCCCGAAUUACCGCCUGCCCUAAUUUUUGCUUUGGGCGUAAGAUGUGCCAUCAACAAUGGGCACUUGUCUACAGUCACCUAUCUGGCUGAAGCAUAAAUACGAACUUCCAGUGUAUAUUUUUUAUUGGUACUCGGUACCAUGGUCCCUGUUCUGCACCUAAACAUGUACUGGUUAAAAAAAAAAAUGUCCUGUGAUUACUUAAAUGGUGGCCGGCAUGAAUGUGGUGGAAAGAAUUUUGUUCAGUGAUUGAUAUUGGUUGCAUGCAGUCCAAAGUGCUCUUGUUGCAAAUCAUUCAAAUUUUUUUAAUGAAGUCCCAUACGUUCCGUCCAAAUAACAGGGGAUCUAGUCCAAUUCUCCACACUGCAGGUAAUUGCAAGAAUAGUCGAUGUACUCUUUCCCUUUCUCCAAAAUCAGAUGGGCUUGGUUUUGGAACAAUGAGAAUCUAUCAUUAUUCAGGUGAGUUUAGUUAUGAAACAGCACCCACGGAUUUUAUUUUUUUUAAAUUCCUGAAUCUGCAACAUUAAAGUUGGGAGCGAUGUUCAGAUAUUUUAUUGUAACGUUCUUAGUUUUGCGGUAAAACUGUUUGACAGACUGCCAUUGCAACUUGGAUUUGUUUGUUUUUCUCUUUCUCCCUCCACAUGACUUCACGCCCUCAUCCCCAACCAGAAACCUAAGAUACUCAAUCCCUAUCUCUAUCACUGCCGACCGAAAGCAAAAUAAUUCUGAAUUAUGACUGGUUUAAAAAAAUUAAAAAAAACAUUACAUGCAGUUCAAACAAAAUCAAUGCAAGUCUUUGGAAAUUGUGUAACUAGGGUCUUGUUUUGCACAGUGGAUCGGGGUAUAAUUCACCACUGGCCAGCCAGUGCGAUUUAUUUUUUUUCCUUUCUAAACAAAAAUAAAUUUUUCUUCCUCUACAAGUUUAUUGUAAAUGAUGUAAAAUUUUAAAUAUGUGAUAUUUUGUACAUCUCACUGUAUCUCAAAUAGUUGUGUAUUUAUCAGAGACUACUGUAACUCUUUUAUGGCACUUGUUUUUUCAUGUAUAUUUAUUUUACUUUUGUCUUCUGAUUAAUCCGUGUUCUGUAUGUGGAAAAGUCUGAAAGUAAAGUGUUUGUUUUCUACA